AUGCCCCGCGAGCUCGUCACCAUCCAAGUGGGCCAAUGCGGCAAUCAAGUCGGCUGCCGAUUCUGGGAACUCGCCUUAAGAGAACACGCGGCCUACAACACAAAGGGAGUUUACGACGAGGCUUUAAGCAGCUUCUUUCGUAAUGUGGACACGCGCGUUGAGCCCCCCAGGAAUCUGCCGGUUGGAGACGGUCGGGGACCUAUUCGCACGCUCAAGGCUCGUUCCGUGAUUGUGGACAUGGAGUGCGGCGUUAUCAAUGAAAUGCUCAAGGGCCCGUUGGGUGAGGUGUUAGACACCAGGCAGUUGGUGUCCGAUGUGAGCGGUGCGGGCAACAACUGGGCGCACGGACAUCACAUGUACGGCCCGCAGUACCACGACGCGAUCCUGGACAAAAUCCGGCUGACGACGGAGGACUGCGACUCGCUGCAGAGCUUCAUGUUGCUGCACUCAUUGGGGGGAGGUACAGGCAGUGGAGUGGGUACGUACAUCGUACAGAUGCUGGCGGACGAGUUUCCCAAUGUGUUUCGUUUCACGGGCAGCGUGUUUCCCUCGGAGGAGGAUGACGUGGUCACAUCGCCGUACAACGCCCUGCUGGCUCUAGGGCAGUUGGUGGAGCACGCGGACUGUGUAUUGCCAAUAGAGAACCAGAGUUUGAUUGAGAUUGUGAACCGUACGGAGGCGGCAAGGGAGAAGGCGGCAGGGGGCAGUGGUGCAGGAGGCGGCAGCGGUGGCGGCGGCAACCGGAAGCCCUUCGACUCGAUGAACAGCGUGGCCGCGAGUCUGUUGCUGCACAUGACGGCGAGUGUACGAUUCGAAGGGCCUCUGAAUGUGGAUCUGAACGACAUCACGAUGAACCUGGUGCCGUACCCGCGGAUGCACUUUUUGCUGUCGGCCAUGUCCCCCCUGGAGCCCCCCCCUCGGGAGAAAGACGUGGGCCGCCAGGUGUUGGCGUUACAACCCAGGACGUUGGAUCAGGUAUUCGGGGAGGUGUUCAGUCGGGAGCACCAGCUCAUCCGCGCCGACCCCCGCAACGCCACCUACCUGGCAUGUGGCCUCAUCGCCCGGGGGCCCGCGGCCACCAUAUCCGACAUCAACCGCAACGUGGCUCGACUGCGGCCACAACUGAGGAUGGUCCAUUGGAACAGCGAGGGGUUCAAGCUGGGUAUCUGCAGCACACCCCCUGUGGGCAGUCCCUUCGGGUUGCUGUGUCUAGCCAACAACACCGCCAUCGCCUCCACCUUCACAACCAUGCGGGAACGAUUCGAUAAACUGUACCGCCGCAGGUUUUACACGCACCACUACGAGCAGUUUAUGGAGCUGAGCGGCUUCGAGUCGGCCCUUGAAGUGGUGGGCGACCUCACCGGCCAGUACCUGCAGCUGGAGGGGGCCACGCGGCCGCCCGCCAUCACCCGACUAAGACCCAGAGGACUGUCCUUCCUGCCGCUGUAG